AUGGCGCGCGCGCGCGGCGGCGGGCCGGUGAGCGCGCUGCUCCUGCUGGUGUGCGCGGCGGCGGGGGCGCGCGGGGCCCCCACCCUCCGCUACUCGGUGGCGGAGGAGAUGGAGAGCGGCUCGUUCGUGGCCAACGUGGCGAAGGACCUGGGGCUGGAGGCGGGGGAGCUGGCGGAGCGCGGGGCCCGGCUGGUCUCCGAGGGCCCCCGGGCGCACUUCCGGCUGCACCGCAGGACCGGGGACCUGUUCGUGAAGGAGCGGCUGGACCGGGAGGCGCUGUGCGGCCGGGCCGACCCGUGCGUCCUGCCCUUGGAGAUCGUGCUGGCGGCGCCGCUGCAGGCCUUCCGCGCCGAGGUCCGGGUGUUUGACAUCAACGACAACGCGCCCGUGUUUCCAGACCAGGAGCCGGUUUUGAGGAUCCCGGAGAGCACCCCGCUGGGCUCCCGCUUCCCGCUGCAGAGCGCCCAGGACUUGGACGUGGGCCUCAACGGUCUCCAAAACUACACGCUGAGCGCCAACGCGUACUUCCACCUGCACGCGCGCUUCCGCGGCCACGGGCCCCGCUGCGCCGAGCUGGUGCUGCGCGAACCCCUGGACCGCGAGGCGCAGCCCGAGCUCAACCUGACCCUCACCGCGGUGGACGGCGGCUCCCCGCCCAAGGCCGGCUCGGCGCACCUCCGGGUGGUGGUCCUGGACGUCAACGACCACGUGCCUCAGUUCUCCCGCUCGGUGUACCGCGCCCAGGUGCCCGAGAACAGCGCCAACGGCUCCUUGGUGGCCACGGUGACCGCCACGGACCAAGACGAGGGCACCAACAAGCAGAUCACGUACUCGCUGGCCCCGAACCCCGAAGCCAUUCUGCAGACGUUCCAGGUCGACGCUCACACCGGAGAGGUUCGACUCCGAGGCCCCCUCGAUUUCGAAACCACGGAGACCUACGACCUGGACGUCCGAGCCACCGACGGCGGCGGCCUCUCGGCGCACAGCAAGGUCCUGGUGGACGUGGUGGAUGUCAACGACCACGCGCCCGAGGUCACGCUGUCCUCGGUGUCCAGCCCGCUCCCCGAGGACGCGGCCCUGCGCACGGUGGUGGCCCUCUUCACCGUCCGAGACCCCGACCGCAGGGUGGGAGGGAAGAUCACCUGCUUCCUCAAGGAAGACGACGCCCCCUUCGCGGUCAAACCCACCAUCAGGAACUCCUACUCCCUGGUCACCGACAGAAGCUUGGAUCGAGAAGCCGUCCCCGGGUACAAUGUCACCCUGGUUGCUGUGGACACCGGGCCGCCCAGCCUGUCCACCGAGACCGUGAUAGAGGUGCUCCUGUCCGACAUCAACGACAACCCUCCCGUGUUCCGGGAAGAGUCCUACGUCUUGACUGUUCGAGAGAACAACAGCCCCGCGGUUUUCAUCGGCAAGGUCCACGCUGGGGAUCUGGACGAGGGGGAGAAUGCCCAGGUCACGUACUCCCUGCUGCCUCCCCCAAGUGGAGAUCUGUCUGUCUUUGCUUACAUUUCCAUAAAUCCGGACAAUGGGAAGCUCUAUGCGCUCAGAACCAUGGAUUACGAGGCCAUCCAAGAUUUCCAGUUUGUGGUAAAGGCAACGGAUGGGGGCUUCCUAUCCCUGAGCAGCCAAGUCACCGUCAGAGUGGUGGUGCUGGAUGACAAUGACAAUCGCCCCAUGAUCUUGUACCCGCUGCAAAAUGGUACGUUUCCCUGCAACGACCUGGUGCCCAGGUCGGCAGAGGCAGGCUACCUGGUGACCAAAGUGGUGGCCGUUGACGGCGACUCAGGGCAGAACUCUUGGCUCUCAUACCACUUGCUGAAAGCCACGGACCCUGGGUUAUUUUCUGUGCAGCCACAAAAUGGAGAAAUCCGCACACUGAGGCAGAUAUCCGAGAGAGACCCAAUGAUGCAGAAGCUAGUCAUCGUCGUCCAAGACCAUGGACAACCACCUCUCUCCACUACUGCCUCACUCAACAUCCUGUUGGUGGAGGGCUUUUCAGAACCCUACCUGCAGUUCCGGGAUCCAGCCACGCAUUCUACAAAGGUAAAUCCCACCACCAAACAUUUGGUUAUCUCUCUGGCUGUGCUUUCUCUUCUCUUUCUUAUCUCUGUCACAGUCAUCUCCAGCAUACACAUUUGCCACAAGAUUAAACACCGGGACAAGUUCACAAUUCAAGAGCAUUUCUACGACGACUGUAAUUUCCCUCACAAUCUGGUGCAAGGGGGAGGCGAUGGAUCCUUAUCCCAGCCUUGUUCAUAUGAAAUGUGCUCAGCCAGUGGUACUGGCACGAGUGAGCUCAGGUUUCUGAAGCGCUUUAUGCCCAAUUUCCCUUUCCCUCAUGCCACUGGAGAGGAAAAACCAGAGAAUGGUCCCAGUUUACCUUCUAAUAGGAAAAGGUCCCGGGGGUCAGAGGGCCAUGCUAGGGUACCCGAUGAUUAUAUGUAG